AAGGACUCCGUUCAAGAAUGAAUUAUAAGAUAACAUCAUUCCCGAAGAGAACACCGAUUUUCGCCCAGGCUGCUGGCUUCAAGGUCGCGUGGGAGUUACCCACAAGCAACUUCUUGGACAAUCGUGUCGGCAGAUCCCUUUCCGACGUCCACGAGUCCGCGAAGCUCGUUUACGAGAGUCAUGGUUUCGAUGGACACUCUUGUCUUCUGAAGAACAUCUGUCAUAUUCUCGAGUACGUAAAAUGGAAGGAUGGCGUUAUGGCGAAGAUAUUGAAAUUAUUCGUCGGGCCAUACAUUAAUAACGACACGUCGACCGAUGCAUCGUCGGAUUUCUGUCGCGUUCACCUCGAAAAUUGUCCAUUAGAGUUUCAAGGGGUCAAUGCUUUUUCAGAGAGAACUUCCGAACCUUCAUCAUGUAAUUGAAGAUGAAGAAAAUAUCACGUCUAAUUUUACUCAAUGUACUUACUAAGAAGAUAGAUUUCGAUCUAUGAUUAUUUUUCUAUUCGUAUUUAUACGUUCGUUCAA